UUAGACAGGAACUGCGUUACUGGGUCAUAUACUGGCUGACUGAGCCUGCAGUUGAUCAGUUUCUACUUAGAGCUGGGGUCUGCCGUCCUUCUGCAGCACUGGGUGUGCGAACUAUCUGUGCAUUCAUGUUGGACACGGCUGGAGGAAUUAAUGCAGUUCUGAUCCUGUCAUCAAGCUGGGAGAGACAGCAGGAAUCUCAGAGCCUCCCCAUUGCAUUAUGAUCGCUGAAACUCUGUAGGCAUUGGGGUGCCUCCACUCUUCAGCUGCUGGCCUUACCUUCGGGACAAUGAACAAAGGAAGUGAGUCGGUGGCAGGUGAUGCAGAAGUUGGCUUGCGGAGUCACAGGUUGCUGGAGAUGUGCCUCAUUAUUGGGAUUCCUCCCAAAACCCUGCGGCGAGUGAUCCAGGACAUGCACAGCAAAUUCUUUGAUACUACAGAUGUCAUCCCAGAGGUUUUGUCCAUUCACGCACCACCAUUCACUGGGCCGCAGACAAACGCUCACACCCACUUACAGAGCCCACUGCAAAAGCCAGAAGAGAUCACAGCAUCAACGUUCUCUUCGAGCCAACUCUUUGGAAAUGGGGAACAUUUUAAGGAGCACCUCAACGUUCCGAGGGGUAUUGAGCUGUGUGGCCUGCCGGAGCUGUGCUUCCCAGAUGGAUUUAAGCUUCCAGUGGAAGAGCAGGAAGAGUCUUUUCAUUUCCUGGUCCUGACAGAUAUCCUCGGGAACAGACAGCAGGGAGUGGUACUUCACAUUAACAGAGAGAUAAAGGAGUCCGAUCUAUACCAGUCUCCCCCAGAGGACAUUGACCCCACAAUGGACUCUACUGAACCUUUCAAAGUCCUGGUUCCCUUUGGGAUCUGUGUCAUCACCAAGUUUCCAUAUUAUACAGUCCUGAAGGAUUGCCUUUCCUGCCUGCUGCUAGACCUGAAGUCCUGCGGAGAGAGAGAGUUCGAAAUGAAGGUGAAAGCAUUUGCAGCUCAGUUAGCUCUUGUCCCAUGCCCACCGCCAGGAUCCAUCCAGCUGUGCUUUGAGCUGGGCCCCCUCAGCAUCGUGCUGUCACCCCCUGAGGAUAUCGACAGCCCGGUUAUUGACAUCGGCCUCCACAUCCCAUUCCUUUGCUUCAAACCGGAGACUGUCCUGCAGAUUGUCACAUACAUCCUGACCGAGCGGAGACUGGUCUUCUUCUCCACAAACUGGCCACUGCUGACUCUGGUGACCGAGUGCUUCAUCCAUUAUCUGUACCCUCUCCAAUGGAGACACCCCUACAUCCCAGUCCUGGCCAAUCAGAUGCUGGACCUCGUGAUGGCACCCACUGUCUUCCUCAUGGGCUGCCAUUCCAGACACUUCGAUACAAUCAACGAGGUGGAAGAGUUAGUUCUGGUGGAUGUUGAUAACGGCACAGUCCUGACCACACAACACAAGGGCCUCGAGACCCCACACCUGCCCACAGCUGCAGUUGAAGAAUUUUUGACCAGCACCCAGCAGCUUCAAGCAAACACUGAGCUGUCUUCAGCCCAUCUUGCUUCCCACACUAACCUGGCAACAGCUCGAGAGAAGAAGCGCAAUCAGAGGCAACAAAUGAACCGACAGCUUCGACAGAUCUUCCUGCAGCUCGUCGGGAACCUCCUCAGGGAUGUCUCCAAACAUUUGAACCUUAAGCACCGUGUAUUCAACAAGAAGGAAUUUUUAGAUUCGCGACAGCCAGCUUCGCAGCCUUUCUACAACAGUUUCCUGAAGACUGACCUGUUCCAUGGCUUCCUGAAGGCUCGGAUGAGUAAGAAAGUGGAUGCAUUCACCCGUUGGGAGAGGAGUGAAUCGAGCAGAUUGAGCUUGGACCAGGCCCUGAACUCGUGCUCAUCGACCAACAUCUCAUCAACCUGUUCUAGGAAGAGAAAAGAUCACACUGGUGAAUCUCGUCAGACAUUGCCCACAAAUGCAAACGACGAGACACUGUCACUCGAACCGUUGGCACAACGCAACUCAUGGAAAAUGAACAAAACUUUAGGAAGAAUCAGUAGGAGUAAAGCACCACUCCGAACACUAUACCUACCUUCUUUCCCCUGUGACCCACUGGAUUCUCUCAGCGUCUCCCUGUAUUACACCAAGCUGAUUGUGCAGAUCAGCAGGACCAUUGACCAGACAGGGAUAGAGGACUCAGAGGCAUUAGCUGUGUGCUUUUACCUGCGUGGGAUUGUCCGCCUGGCCCAGGGUCAGUUCCUGCAAGCUCUGCUGGACUUCCAGAACCUGGAGAAAAUCAAUAUGAACUUCUUCCCCUGGGAUCUGGUCAAGCGCACGCUGAAUUCUAUGACUCCCGAGCAGCUUCACACUGUACAGGAGACGGAGGAACUGAAGGGUCUGUUCUUUGGGACCAUGCAGAAACACUGGGAUAUGCUCAAACAGGAGGAAAGCGUGAAGAACUUUGAGCUGCCCAAGAUGCCGCUGAACAAGCAAGACUUUGGAAUCCACAUCCAGGCUGCGGGAAUAGUCAAUAAUCCUAACAACACUGAUCGGCUCUUUGACAUACUCGCAGGAGGGCAACAGAAGCUGAUUGAACCGAAGAUGUUCAACGAGCUGUACUCGCGCUGGAAUGAGAUUAAGUCGGAGGUAGACAACAUGACGUUGCCACCUGAGGCCAUGCAGAAUCUACUGGAAAACGAGCGAAUCACAAAGGUGUCGAACCCCGUGAAGACCAGCUAUGGCCUGGGCCGUGUGGUGCUGAGUCAGAGACGCCUGCUCCUGCUGAUGGAGGCACACCCCUACUGCAAGGAGAUUGCCCGUUUCCGGGACAUCGAGGAAGUGGAGUUCUGUUUACCAGUAUCCAUCUUCCCUCUGAAGAUUCUGGCCCUGAAGAUCAAGGUGCGGGACAAGAAGGAGCCCUUCAUCGCCAAUCUCAAGUCAGAGCGGGACCUGUGGAAGGUGAUCAUCCGGGAGAUGUGUGCAGGGAAGUUUCUGGCAGAUAGGCACAAGGACCCUCAGUACAUUCAGCAGGCACUCAGCAACAUCCAGCUCAUCAAUGCUGUGGCCAAGUGUAGCUUUCACCAACGUCCCAUGACCAUCGCUUCCAAACUGGCAUACCUGGACCAAACAGCUGGACAAGAGCCACCCGCUCUUCCACGGAUGACGUCAGAUGCCCUGAAGCACACCCUUCACCUCACUGAUUCUAAUUCUCCCCCCUACGCGGUUGAUGUCCUGCUGUAUGUUCCUGGUAACCUGGACCCGUGCGAGAGCGCUGACACACACCCGAAGCUGUGGUGUGGUCUGAGUGAUGGCAGGGUGAUGACGUACAAUGCAGCCACAUGGAUCAUGGAGCAACCACCAAUCCAAGCUGGGCAUUCCAAACUGAACUGUAUGAUUGGCAUCGGGUAUGAGCAGGUGUGGCUGGGCUCGGAGGACUCAUCCAUUUACAUCAUUGACGCGCUCACCAUGACCUGCAACAAGAGGUUGGUGGGUCAUCGCAACCAAGUGUCCGACAUGAUCCAGGAGGAGACAGAGGAGAAUGGGGACACUAUCAGUCAGAUUUACUCCUGUAGCCUGGACGGCUCCAUUCUGCUGUGGGACCCGGGACUGAUGGAGAUAAAGAGCCAGUUCCAGUUACCUCAGUGUUGGAGGCUCACGUCCAUUUUGCUGCAUCAUGACCACAUCUGGUGCUGUGUUGAGUACAGUCUGUUGGUCCUUGCUCGAGAUGGGACACAGAUCCAGGAGGUCACCUUGACACCAAGCCCCGAGGGUAGCUCCAACCUCAUGACUGACUUCCUCAUCAUCCCUCAGAGAGAUGAACUUUGGGUUGUGUGCAGCCAGCGAGCGAACCUGUACAUCUGGAAAACAGAUGAUCUCAAGGAUCCAAUUGAAACUAUCCCACUGCCAGGCUGCUCAAACAUUACCUGCAUGAUUCAUGUCAAAAAUCAGGUCUGGGUUGGAGGAGGAGGAACCACCAACAAUGGCAAGGGACGCAUUUAUAUCAUCAACUCGGAGUGCUACUCCCUGGAGAAGGAAUUGGAAGCUCCUUGUGGUGGUAUUGGAGCUCUCUGCUCAGCUGAAGAUCGGUAUGUGUUGAGUGGGACACAGGACAGCAAAGCCAUCAUCUGGAAAGUGGACUGAGGCAUUGGGUACAGGGCCACCAUGACCCUGACUCGGUGUGUUGGACACUAUUUUUCUGUCAGACAGUGUUGGAGGUGGCAGGGUUUCAAUGCCCUUUCUCUCUGUCCCUCUCUUGCUGGGGGCUGGAGGGGUCAUUAGUGGAGCACCAGUGACUAAGGAAUGACCCUCCCUCGCCAGCCCUGUCUCACGAGAGUUUCAGAUGUGCAAUUUUCCCUCUCCACCCUUCCAUCAGAAAAUUCAGACCAUACCUGGAUCAAAGGAGCUGUUUGCCAACUGACCGCAACCCCAAAGAUGCCAACGGCCGAAGGUGACCCUUGGCCAGAAACAAGCAACAGCACAAUUAUUGCAAGAAUGUGUGCAAUGGGAAUAAGAAGACAUCUAACAUUCCUUUGUUUUAAAUCUUAUUUAAACAAUGACUUAGCUACAUAACCAAAUGUGUGUUUUGUGUGGUUGGUUCUAUAGGUCAUAUUUACCUGAAUUAUUUUGUGUCAGACCCCUCUCAGUGUCAGUCCCUGUCCUCACCUUCUUGCUAACACUCUUCGGGGCAGGGAGCUGAGUGGGGCGACAGUCACAGUGAGUUCACAAUCAUCAGAUCACUGCAAAAACAAACUCCGAUGUAUCAACUGACCGUUCCUUCCUUUGGGCAGUUAAUCCCCCCAGUAAACGCUUCAGUAAAACGCAAAGAGCGAAAAUGUGGAGGUGUCGGUGUCGGACUGGGGUGGACAACGUCAGAAAUCACAUGACAUUGGGUUAUAGUGACUUCACCUGAAAAAGGGGCUCCACUCCAAAAGCUUGUGAUUUCAAAUAAACCUGUUGGACUACAACCUGGUGUCAUGCAUUUUCUGACCUUGAAGGGCAAAGACAGAGGGAUUUGAUGUCCUAUUUAACACAUGGGUAAGCAGUGACAGAUCUGAGGGCUGUGCUCUUUUACAUGCACAUUACUCAAAGUGAUUAAGUGUAAACAUUUGAAAGGGAAGCUACUCGCUUCAUCUCUUCCUCCUCUUUGAAGAGGUUAGGAACAGUCAACCAUGGAUCAAAGAUUAAAUACAAGUGAUUUAGCUAGAGGGCAGAGAAACAUCUUCACACAUGUAAGUGGACAAAGUCAGAAGUUGCACAACACCAGUUUGCAGUGGUGACAAAGGAGCAGCGUUCCGAAAGCUUGUGUUUUCGAAUGAACCUGUUGGACUAUAAGCUGGUAUCAUGUGACAUCUUACCUCGUCCACCCCAAUACAACACCGGCACCUUCACAUAAAGGUGGCAUUACUCCCACAUGGAGAAUAUUGUACACAAUUCUCGUGGCCCUUCUGCAGGAAGGAUGUUUUUAAAUGUGAGAGGGUGCAGAAAAGAUUUACAAGGAUGUUGCCACAACUGGAGGAUUUGAGCUGUGUGUAGAGGCUGAAUAAGGAGAGGCUUGUCUUUUUCGUGCAGCAUCAGGGGCUGAGCGGUGACUUCGUCGAGGUUUAUAACAUUGUGGGAAGCAUGGAUAAGGUGACACGAUACAGUCUUUAUCCCCAGGGUAGAGGAGUCUCAAACUAGAGGCAUAGGUUUAAGGGGAGAGGGGAGAAGAUUUAAAAAGGACCAGAGGGGCAACUUUUUCACGCAGAGGCUGGUGCACGUAUGGAAUGAGCUGCCAGAGGAAGUGGAGAAGGCUGGGACAAUUACAACAUUUAAAAGGCAUCUGGAUGGGUACAUGAAUAGGAAGGGUCUAGAGGGAUAUGGGCCAAAUGCUGGCGUUGGGACUAGGUCAGAUUGGGAUGUCUGGUUGGUGUGGGUGAGUUGGACCUGUUUCCUUGCUGUAUGGCUCUAUACCUGGUUGAGGGAGAAACUCUAGUUCAAGAUUGUUUUGUAGAUAGUGAAACACUGCUGGUUGUGAGAAAAAUUGAGUAUGGUGGUUAAAUGUAAUAAUAAAAACAAUUCCCUUCUGUGGAGGAUGAAACUGGACCAGGAAGAAUUGGGCCAAUGGUCCUACUGUAUUGCAAACAGAGAUAGUAGGAACUGCCAAUGCUGGAGAAUCUGAGAUAACGCAGUGUGAAGCUGGAUGAACACAGCAGGCCAA